GUAAUUAUUAUCGCUUCGAAAUUAAGUAUCCUUCAUUAGUUUUAUACUUCAUUGGUUUCUAUUGUAUAUGUUUUGGCGGGCUUUUGCACGAACAUUUCGUGCAAUUCUGCCAGUAUAUAUAGGUUUUUUCGCGCUUUAUCUCCACUCGAGGUUAAAAUUUGGCAGCAAACAUACGUUUAUGAAGUUAUAAUGUCCGACCAAGAAAAUGGCGACGAAAGAUCUUCUGAAUUGAGGAAACAAGUUGCGCAGGAAUUGAAAGGAUUUUUUGACGAGAAAUUCGCUGAUCUCAAACGUGAUCUGAAGGAGGAUUCUGAGUGGACAGCUGAAAACGUCAGGAAGAAGGUACGAAGUGAUAAUUACAUUUCAUUCAAGAGCAUUUCUAAUAAGAAACAGUUUCAAUUUAAUUCUGAAAUUUCGGAUUUGCUUGACACUACUAAGAAAGCCAUAAGUCUCAGAAACGCCUCUAAAGCUCAAGAGUAUUUGAAUGAAGCUCAGCAAAAAUUACAUCAUAGAAAUAAGUUGAUUAGAAUCGCAGAUUCCUCGCCGUCUGGAUGGUCCACGAUAGCAGAGUAUGAGCAAAUAGAUGUUGCCAGUGACUCCGACGAUGAUAAAAAGAUACGUAGGGCUGAGGAGAGGGCCAAGGCAAAAUUGGAAAAAUCCAAGAAGUUUGACACAACCCCCGACAUUAACAGUCGUAAUUCAUCUGACAAUAAUUCUUUUCGAAGUUUUCGGAAGACUACAGGAAGACCUACCAUGGCGGGACAGCAAGGAAGGUUUAUCCAAAGAGAAGUCGUCUGCUUCUUAUGUGGGAACUCCGGUCAUUUCGCUUCCGGUUGCGCAGCAAGGUUACAGCCAUCACUUGCGCAGAACGCAACCUUUACAGGACCCAUGGGAAGUAACUUCUCGCGACUGCCGUCAGGUCCAGUCACCUCAUCAGAGACCACAACGAACAAGCCCCAAUCAGCAGAUAAGCAAUGCCAGUGAUUUUCAAUGUUUGUUUAAUACUGAGAGGUGAAUGAUGUUAGAAGACAUUCGAAAUUCGUUCAACCAGACCUGUUCUCAGCAGUUAAAGAAGCAUGUAUACGUGGGAAGGAACCAUCCACAACACGGAAUUAUUCUCUCGCCUUCAAGAAUUUUAGUAAGUGGUGCGAAAAAAUGAAACUUUCAAAUUUACCCGCUUCUCCAUUUAGUGUCUACUAUUCAAGGCGAACAUUUGUGUAGUAAAUCUAAACUAAAUUCUAUUUUUUAUGCUAUUAAUUGGGCGCAUAAUUUGUCGUUUUCAUUAAAUCCUUGUACCGAUGAGUGGCUAAAAUUAUGUUUAAACGGUUGCAUAAGAAUUGCUUCAAAGCCUAUUAGCAAGAAGGAGCCUAUUACCACAGAUAUUUUAAAACAGUUUAUCACGCACUUUGCUGCUGAGAACAGUUCCUUGUUAGACUUGAGAUUAACGUGUUUAUUUGUUUUGACAUUCGCAGGAUUUUUUCGUUUUAGUGAAUCUUUGAAUAUCAAAAGAUCAGACAUUCAAUUCUUUGACACGCAUUGUGAAAUCUUCGUAGAAAAAUCAAAGACUGAUGUUUUAAGGGACGGAAACACUGCUGUUAUUGCUCGUACGGGGCAUUUCUCCUGUCCCGUUUUAAUUCUCGAGAGGUACUUGUUGGAAGCUGAAAUAAAACCAGAAUCAAAAGAAUUCAUAUUUAGACAAGUGCACUUUUGUAAAACUAAACAUAAAUACUAUUUGCGUAAAAAAUCAACCAAUCCACUUUCUUACUCCUCUGUACGUGGCUUGUUUAAAGACAGGAUUGCAAAGUUAGGUCUUGAUCCUUCUCGGUAUAGUUUACAUAGCUUUCGUUCUGGUGCUGCUAGUGUUUCAGCUAACAACAAUACCUCAGAGAGAUUGUGGCAGAGACAUGGGAGAUGGAAAUCUGUUUCAGCUAGGGACGGAUAUGUAAAAGACACUCUUAAAGACCGUCUCUCAGUCUCUUUGAACUUAGACUUAUAAACAUGUACUUAUCUUGUGUGUGAUAAGUGAUUGCUAUGUAGAAUUAACAUUGUAUUUGUAUUAGAGAGAAUGUGUUUUGAAAAUAGAUCAAUGAUAUUUUCAAAUAAUUAAUAUUUCCAUUAUUUCUAUUAGAAUAUAAUGAACUAAAAGCUA